AUGUUACACUUUGUCGUAUUUACUGGCUUGAAAGCGAAUGCUGUCAGUUCUGUCAAUAUCACCACAAGGAUCCGAGUAGCUUUAGUUGUUCAAGUUAACGAGAAGGCAAGCUUAUUCAAAAACUUGAAUAAUAUUUAUUCGCUUGUGACAAGAUGUGUUUGAAAAUAUUGUCGAAAAUGGCCUUUUGGUGAACAUUGAAGCUUUGAUCAGUUUACAGAGGGAUAGUAAAGUUUUAUUGAGGAAACAACAAGAAGAAAGAGAAGAGAAACAAGUCCUAUGGCUUCCGAGGAAACAAAGACGCCGACAUUGCCAGUGACAAGCGGAAUAGAAGCGGAGAAUGCUAUUGAAAUUAAAAGUAAGCUUUCACAAUAUAAUAAGCUAUGUACGUGGUAAAUAUGUGACUAUUUGGUUUAGUUCGGUCCCGGUAGCUUGUCAUAAUACUACUUGUGUUCAGUUUUUAAGGAUCAUCCUUUGGUUUCCUAGUGCACUUUUUCUGUAUCGGCAAAGCUUGAUAAUGUGAUCAAUUAUUUAACAGUAAUUUAACAUUUAAAUUUUUUUGGGACUCUUCGUGGGUGCUUGUCAUCGAUCUUAAAGUGGUUAAUCUGUUCUUUUUAAAUUGUCAUAUAACCAGUCUUUUAUUUAACCUUAAGGCGCUAUGUAUCUCGUGAUGUUAGUUUGGUUGUCGAUGUGCGAUUUGUAUGCCAGAUUAUUGCAUUUGUGCGUUGAUAAUCCUGAUUAAUAUUUACAAUGUAUAAGGUUAAAAUAUGUUCCGCUAUAGCGAUUUUAGAGACCAAAAAGACUGGGCAAGUACAAGCUCGAACUGGCUCCGCUUACACUGAGUUUUUCUUUUGCCGAGUUUAUCAUGCUGCUCCUUUUUUAAAGGUCAGGAUGGAAGCAGCGCUGGUUAGAAUUUUAACCAAUUUGCUGUUCCUUAUUUGUAAAGAAGAGAAUCUCGAUGAGAAUAUUAUGACGUCAAUGGCAUAAAAAAUAUAUGCUUGAAAAUAAACCGCAGACAAUAUCAUGUAACCGGCUCAGAUUGUUUUCAAAUCUGUUCAUUUCAUCUUUAUGUGAAUGAAAUGAGAGCUAAACUUAUGUUAACUAGGAACGCUCUGAUUACCUGCAAAAUAGAAAUUCCAAUAAAAUAAUCACGUAUCAGAUAGACAUUUGGGAGUUUAGGCAUAAUGUUUUCGACGACUGAACAACAAACGGGAAGCUGAAAUUAUGCCUAUCGUUGUACGUUUUAGGCCAUUACUGUCAUAAAGUAAACUUUUUCCCUUUGAAUUGAACGAAAGAUUUUCUGCCAUUUUUUAAAGGUUUGAUUCCAGAAUUUUGGAAAAGGUGUGUUAAAUCAGGGUUAAUUUAUGCCGAAAAACGGUUCUACAUAUCCAUUAUGUUUGCCGCACAUUUACCCUGUGUCAAGCUUCAGUGGUUGGCUAUGGCACUUGUAAGAUCUUGUUACAAAUAUAACCAAGGAGAUGCGUGACGUUUGAAAGAGUUUUAGCAACAUCAUUUGAAGUUAUAUUAGGCAAAAUCCUGAUAUAAAUAAUAUUAAACGAAUAUGGAAGCGAUCCCCGCAAUUAUAAAAACUACUACUUGACAAGUGAUGAAAUAAGACCUGAAAAAAAUAUCCUUGCAGUUAUGAACACUUCUUAAGUUGGCUUGUUAGCUCAGUUGGUAGGGCUUGCUACGGUAUCGCAGAGGUCAUGGGUUCAAAUACCGUGCGGGCCUGAAUUUUUUUCAGGCCUCGUUUUCACCACUACUUAAUUAGUGUUCUUAACGGUGAGGAUCGCUUCCAUAUACGUGUUUGGCUGUUUAGAGUUAACCAUACUAAACAGAAGCUUUACCCCUUUACGUUCUUGCUAUCCAAUUAACACCGGGUUAGUUUUCUACUUCAGGGCAAGAGGAAAACCUCGUCAAAUUUCAACUAGGAUGGCUCACGUAAUCCAAUGUUAAAGACUACGCGUAAUUGAAACAUGAAUUUAGCUAUGAGUCUAAUAUCCCUUUGUGCACGCAGGAGACUUCAACGAACCAAGGACCUCUGUGGUGACAGAACUGCAGCUUUCAGACAUUAGUGAUGACGUAGGUAAUUGCUGGCGUGAGCUGGGACCAAAGCUUGAUAUCUCUGCGGCAAAGAUCCAAAACCUGGACGACGAUUAUCGCUGUAAUCGCGGCAAAGCAAACGCCUUACUCCUCAUGUGGAAACAGAAAGAAGGGAACAGUGCAGUGGCGGGGCGUUUAGCGGAUGCUUUGGUAAGCAUCGGAAAAAAGUGCAUUGCAGAAAUGCUUCUCGGUAAGUAGGUAUACCUGGUAAGAUGAGUGAAUGGUCUGCGUAUACAACUGACAAACUGAAAGAAUAACUACACAAAGAGGUCUUAGAAAACAGUUGACAUUGUUAACGAAUAACGCAAUCGAGGAGCUUUCCGUGGUUUCCCUUUCUCGUCUUAACAUAAGAGCGGAUUGGGAUAGUUUUCCCAAUAAUAUCCUCCCCCCCUUGAGGCUGCUAUGAAUAAAUUUUUGUUAACGCAUCCUUGAAUCUAAAACCUUUUACUCAUCCUUAUCUCAACACACCUACUGAUCAAUCAGAGCACGCUUACUAUUUCAGGGAUUUUGCAAUUCUUGAUGGGGAAAUUGACAACUUGGUGUAAAAUACGAUCCUGGAUUGCGUUGCUUUACACCAUGUUUUCUGUCCGAUGGGCCCAGGAAACUCGCGCUACUCUUUCAACCUAUCAAAUCCAAGAAUAACAUCAAAGUUGACUUGUAGACCCGCACUUCAACUAUUUUGCUUGUUUAUGCUUUGUGCUCUUAUUGGCUCCUGACCAGUGAUAUUUGGCUUUGUUAUAAUUAAAAGUUAGCAAAACUCUGGAUUCGGUUUUACGAAAGCCGUGAAUUGUCCGGCUACCCUAUUAGCCCCAUUGUCUGCACUUAUAAGGGCUGCUAAGUUAAGAAAUUGCCUUCCUGCAAGCAAUAAAAAUCUUUACAUAACUGCAAAUGUUCUAAAUGGUGACAUUUAGUUUGCUGGUACAGUUUGUUGCGGGGGUGGGUGGGGUGGAGGUUGUCGGGGGAAGAGAUGAAGCAUUGAACUGAUCAACGCAUAACACCUAACUCAUAAUUAUUUCCUAUCCACAAAUAUACUAUUAGGAGUGGAUAACACGAAAAUGCUAAGGUGUGGAAACAUUCCCAAGGGUCACGUUAUCAGUUUAACAGUAAUUCAUGACCUGGGUGAAGGGCUUGAUAAGGUGAGUAGAUAACAACACGUUUUCUACAAUAACUACUGAAAGAUAAAAUUUGAAAAUAACCGCAUGCAAAUUUUGUUACAACACGGUUAUAAUCCAUUUCCUUCAAAGUUGAUGAAUAGCACCUCUGCCUUGGACCCUCCAGAGCUAGAAGCUUGAAUUUUUUUAUUGUGAUUAGGACUCGUGAACAAAAAGUUGAAACUUGGACCAGCGGUAAACCAGAAAAAUCACUCCGAUGGAUUUUGCCAAUCUUUGGACAUAGUUUUAACACCAAAUACUCUUUACAAGUAAAAUAACAGAAUAACUUCAAAAUUGUCAGCAAUAAUAUAUUUGUCAUUUUUUUAGCUUAUGGUGUGCGAAGAUGCGCAGGGAAAUAAAUUCAUGGUUAAAGCAUUCAACAGCAGAGACAAUUUUUUGAAAUUGGAAGAGGUAACUUCUUCACUUAUCUCAUUUAUCCAAUUAGAAUGUUUCAAUGAAUAUUUGGAAAAAUGCACCCUGUGAUUAAGGGUUUAACAUAGUUUUAAUUUACCUAUUUUUAUUUUAUUUGUUUCAACAGACACUUGUGAGCAAGAGAUUUUUAGAAACUGUUGUUGUGGCGAGACAGGAAAGUCUAAAGCGCUAUAUUUCAUCGGAGCUUCAGGACCUGAGACUCCAAAUGAAGAAAGGGCAACUGGCCUGUGGAAAUGUUGAUAAAACAGAUACGAUUCAAGAUGCCUCUAAAGACAAAACAGAGCCCACGAGCAGCUUAUUGAACGAGGAAGUGGAUACGCCAAACGAUGAAAGCGUGGAAAAAUUGCUACAGUCAUGUGAAGAACAUCGCAACCAUUUUCAGAAUAUGUUUGAAGCUCUUAUCAAGCUGACUGCCGAGGCUGGGCAACAAAGUGAAGAUGAUGUUGAUUGUGUUCAAAAACUUUUGGACUUUACUAUGGAACUCCAGCAAAAAGGAAUAACACUUUUCUCCAAAAUCGAGUCGGUAGGUACUCAGAGCCAACUCAAGGACCAGCAGCACACAAAUCGAUUUGAGGAUUUACACAAAUGGAAAACGCAACUUGAGUUGCAAAUCAAAGAAGUUGAAAAGCUGCUGUUAGGACUACUUCAUCAAAGGACAACAGACAGAAAGCCCAGUUAUAAAGGCAGGCUGGUAAUUUCUAAUAGAGCAACAUUUUUUCACUUUAGUAUAGGUAAGAAUUUGAUUUCGAGCGAAAUUUGGUGUUGAUAAUCACGCGUAAAUUUUUCAAAGGCAACAAAGGUGCACGAGCCCGUAGGGCAAGUGCAAUUUGUAGUCUUUAAAAAAUUUACCCGUGCUUAUUAACUUCAAAUUUCACUCGAAAUCAUAUUAGUACUUGUUGAUGAUGUACAUGAUAAUACAUCACAGAAAGUGAAGACAGACGAAAUUUUGAAAGCGAGCGCGCGCUAUUUUUAAUUUGCACUCGUGUUACAACUUUGCACUGGUAUUACAUGAGAAUGCACUCGUUUUCGGCCAAUCAAAAGCGAUAUUUUUUCCAUGCAGUUUUCAGGUAAUUUAAUGCAAAAGAGGGUUAAUUCUAUGCAAAGAAGUAACAAUCCAGACUGAACAAUUCCUUUAACUGUUCAGCCGGACUUUGAACUUUUCUGCGCCUUAAAGAUGUGAAAAUAUCAUUGUAUAUUAUUGUUUUGAUCAUACGCGGUUGUUUUGACUGAACGCACAAUGUCAUUUGCAGGGUUUGAAUAAAUUAUUUUUGCAUUUGAUGCGUGCACUUUGCUCCUGCAUAAUUAUGAGAAGCUAUUUCGUAUUGUUUCAUGUAUAUUAUUGAUAAGUAAUCACAUGAUUUUUCUCGUGAAAUUUGGAAGAAAUAAGCAUUUGUAAAUUUUUUCGAAGACCACAAAUGUUAGUCUUUGAAAAAAUUUACUCGUGCUGAUUUAUUCCAAAUUGCAUUCGAAAUCAUGUGAUAAUGCAUACUAAUAUCGCAUGCAAAUUGUAAUUGAAUUGUCAAAAGCUCAAUGGAGGAAUUUCAUAAAACAAUUGUUUAGAGGGGAGAGAGAAACCUGGGUUUUUACGUCCAAUUAAUGUGAUAGAUGAAACUUUGUGCAACCGACCAAGCUGAGGCCUUGGCAGUCCAUAGUGGUGGGAAGUCGUAUGUUAGUCUACAAGUUCCUAGUUGAAUUCUGCCUCAUGUUUUUGUUUCAUUGAACUCAAACAAGCAGGCAGAAUCUUAUCAUCAAUGAUCCUUAAAUCUUCUCUCCUUUUUUGACUUUUCUGUUUGUGAUGUUCUCUCAUGUUUACAUUUUGUUAUUUCUUUUUUCUAAAGCCCUCCCACCAGAAAACUGUGCCAAAACGCCGAUCAAAUUCUCUGCCAGGAUACAGAAGGAAGGUAAGAGAAUUUGAGUUAACUCUGAGAUUAUCAAAGCACAGAUCACUUAACUGAAUCAAACUGCAGAUAUAAGCAAUUGACUAAGCCACCAUCUUGUUUAAUUUGAGCAAUUAUAAUGCGCUAUAUAGAUUUUUGUUUGCAAUCGGUCAAAGUUGUCAUAUUGCCUAUGUUGACUGUUUUCAGGACAGUAGCUAAAUGUUUAUAUAUAGAUUUAAAUUUUUUUUUGCAGAGUCCCACAGAUUAUUCAGAGGGUGACCUACCAAAAGAGACGAGAACGAAGGUACGAUAUAGUCUUUAUGAUAGAGUUAACACCGUCAAAGCAAGAAAGAUAAUGAAUUCUUACGAAACUAAUGACUCUGCAUUUUUUUACUUUUUCCUCUUCGUGUUUCAAGAAUCCCUUGUCGAGGCUGAGAUCGGGAGACAAAAACCCUCCAGCGAUGAAGAACAUCAAAAAAUAGAUUCGGGAGCAAGAUAUAGCACAAAAGAAUUC